CUCUCGCUCCAUUCAAAGCACAACAUCUAAAGGUGCUUUCCUCUUUUUAUAUCAUUAUUACUUUCUAAAAUGAGUUCUUCAAGCUAAGACUCGCUGAAGCAAAACCCCAAAUUGUCAACAAAGAGUCUCUGAGUCUGCAAGUGCUGCAUGAGUUAAACUUUUGAUGGUUUGAUCUUCAAAUAUUUUAUGAAGGCGAAGUCUUGGUUCGGUUUGUAUUGCAUUUUGCGCUCGAGUUUUUAAGUACCUAUAGUAGCAAGCAACAUUUUUUCAUUAGAUUGUUGUGAUCAUUUUCGGCUAUGGCCUGUCAAGCUAUAUUAUUGAUGGACUCUCUAUAAUCCUGAUUUUCGGAGGGGUUUUUAAUGUGAAGUUCAACUGCUGUUCUUUCCCAACAAAAAAAAAAAAAUUGAUUGUCAACAAAAUCAACAAGCAAAAAAUUCGGGAAAAUCAGCUAGAUGUACAGAUCGUCGCUCCAUCUUCUUCCUCUGCACCAAUUCAUCUCUCCAGCUGAUCGUCACCUCUACGAGCUCGUCGCUGAAGCUACAACCAUAGAAAAAACCAAUGUUUCCUCGGCCCAUUGAUUUCUGUAUCACAGGUGGUGCCACUUUUUGUGCGGUUGCAUCUCUCAGAUUGAUGGGAUUAAUUGAAGAUGAUAUAUUGUCGAAGAAUGUAUCCUCUUGCUUCAGAAACGUGCCCUUGCUUCUAGACUGGAGCCUAAAGAGACAGGCAACCACUGAUGGUGGAUUCCAAGGCAGACUAAACAAAGCUACUGACACCUGUUAUGCUUUCUGGUAUGUUUUGGCAAUCAUCCUAGAUUUCACAUGUUUGUUGGCAAAAAUAAACAAACAAUCAUCAGAAUGUUUCCCAACCAAAGUUUUUAUCUCGAUGGCAGGGUCAUCUGGUGCCUUUCUAGAGGCAUAUAUACGCCAUGGACAUCCAUCAGAACAUUUUGCAGAAAUUUUACCACUCAUUCUUUUUAAAGGAAAUGUCUCUAUUGUUUUUAACAGAAUCUGGAAAUAUGUUUAUCUCCACCAGCUUUAAACGCAUCCAAAUCUUUUUGCACUCCAUUAUCCUCAUAAACGUUAUCAGCAUUGGAGCUUACUUGACUUUGUAAUUUUAACACAUUAUCAGCCUGCGUAAUGUAUACUUCAGCAACCCUGUUAGCUGGAAGAGUGUUUACCAGUAGAUCACUCUCAGCAUCAGUCAAGCAUUGAACAUAACCAGCACCAGUAUCCGUCAUAGGAACCAAUUUGAUACUCUGCCGAUGCCACACUAUUAAGCACACCCAAUUCAUUAAUUGUGUAUGUAACAAGAAAUAAUGUCACUAGUGAGGGCGACCCGGCGUGGUAUGCCUGUUUCAAUUUCGACACCUCAAAAGAGUUGAGGGCAGAACUUUGGCAUUGAUGGCCUGUAUUCACUCAUGUUUUCGUACAAGGUCCCUUGGCCCCUUGAACUUAUUGAUAAUACAGAAGCAAUAAAGAAAUAUAAUCAGGUAGCUAAUGGGCUGUUGUAGUUCCCCUUAUGGUGCAACCGAUUUGAAUGUUCUGCUCAGUAACUCCAAGUGAAGUUGAAUAAAAGCACCAUCCCACAGCUUUGCACUCUAAAACAGAGAAUAAAAGCAAAGGCUCUAACAAAAAGAGGCAAGAGAAUAGUGAAGUUACAACAGGAGAUAAUGACACGAGAGUUUUGUGCAACAAGUGCAGGUCAAGCAAAGAGAAACCCACUGUGGUUGCAUUAGACCAAGAUUAUUAUGUCUGGUUCAGUACUACUGCGUCUCGCUUAGGAUCUCUUCCAGUUGAGCUGCACAAACAGGCUUAGGUAAAGUACAUAUAAUGUGAGUGACUACAUCAUAAGUUGGGUCCUCUUCAUUACAAGAGUGAAAUGUUCAAAUCAGUCCUCUCUACUUUGGUUUAAAAAAAUUCAAGAUUGGUAUCAUCAUCGUAAGUUGGGUCCUCUUCUGGAGGGUCAAGAGAGGAACAAUGAAAACUUGCAGUGGCUGAGCUUUCACAUAAGCUAAUUCUAGCCACAAGGAGAAGAGAUAACACACUAUUUUAGAAACAUCAAGAUUGAGUUUUCUAUGGUUGAGCUUGAGAAAAAGUAAUCAAGCUUGAAAUUCAAGUAUCAUGUCUCGACGCAGUUUAAGGAAUUUCAUUUGGUAUCAUCAAAUUUAUGAAGAGAAACAAAAAAGAUGAAGGAUAGGACAAGAACGUAUCAACGAGGCUUGCAAUUAAGGCGCGUUUUCAAGCAAGAAUUUUUUGGCAAAUCAAUACUUCAUUAACUAAUUUAAAAGCAUGCAAAUGGAAUAUAUUUUAUCCUGAA